CUUCUCUCAUCAUCUUCCCACAUUCUCUGUAUUCUUCUUCCUCUCACUUUUUUUGCCCUAAUUCUUUGGGGUUUCAGAUGUUCUUGAUCCUCUCCUCGCCUACUCAACAACCGCUUCUCCACUGCUUCUCCAACGCUGUGUUUUUCUUCUUCUUCUUCUGCUUCUUCUUGGUGUUCGUGUCGGCUCUUCAGUCAUGCCUAUGUCUACCCUCGUCAAUUACAGUGGGGACGAUGAUUUCUAUCCCGGGGGGUCAUUUUACACAAAUCCCAUGGAUUCCGGCUUAUUGGUUUCAAUUGGCUCCUGUAUGGAUGUAUACUGCCCUCCUCGCAAGCGGUCUCGCAUUACUGCUCCAUAUAUCUUCAGGGAAAACAACCUUGAGCUGGAAAAGCGACCAUCCAUUGAUGUUCUUCCAGAUGAAUGCCUCUUUGAGAUCUUGAGACGCCUUCCUGGAGGCCAAGAGAGGAGCUCCUGCGCUCGGGUCUCCAAGCGGUGGCUUAUGCUCCUUAGCAGUAUCCGUAGGACUGAGAUCUGCCCAAGAAAGAGCUCUCAAUCUUUGAAUGAGUCCUCAAAGCUGGACAAGGAGUUAACUAUUCCCGUUCCUGAUGAUAUUGAAAUGAUCUCUGCUGAAGAUCGGGAACUUGGGAGUGAUGGGUACCUUACAAGAUGUUUGGAAGGGAAGAAGGCAACAGAUAUAAGCCUUGCUGCUAUUGCAGUUGGAACCAGUAGUCGAGGGGGAUUGGGAAAGCUUUCAAUCAGGGAGAGCAGUUCUUCUCGUGGAGUUACCAACCUUGGUCUUUCCAAAAUUGCCCAUGGUUGCCCUUCUCUAAGGGUUCUUUCUCUGUGGAAUGUCUCAGCUGUUGGGGAUGAAGGUCUAUUUGAGAUAGGUAACGGAUGCCACAUGUUAGAGAAGCUCGAUCUCUGUCAGUGUCCUUUGAUUUCCGACAAGGGUUUGAUUGCUAUUGCAAAGAAUUGCCCUAAUUUGACUGCUUUAACAAUUGAGUCUUGUGCAAACAUUGGGAAUGAGAGCUUGCAAGCUAUUGGAAGUCUCUGCCCCAAACUACAAUCCAUCUCUAUCAAAGACUGCCCUCUUGUUGGGGAUCAAGGAGUUGCUGGUCUGUUAUCAUCAGCGACUUCUAUCCUUUCCAAGGUAAAGCUUCAAUCCUUGAACAUCACAGAUUUCUCUCUUGCCGUAGUUGGGCACUAUGGCAAGGCUAUCACCAGUCUUACCCUCAGUGGUCUCCAAAAUGUGAGUGAGAAAGGCUUUUGGGUCAUGGGCAAUGCCAUGGGCCUCCAGACCCUGAUCUCUUUGACAAUUACUUCCUGCCGGGGUAUAACAGAUGUGAGUCUUGAAGCCAUGGGAAAGGGUUGUCCCAAUCUAAAACAGAUGUGUCUGCGGAAGUGUUGCUUUGUAUCUGACAAUGGGCUGAUUGCCUUUGCAAAAGCUGCAGGAUCUCUUGAGGGCCUGCAAUUGGAGGAGUGCAACAGGGUCACCCAGUUGGGGGUUAUUGGUUCCCUUUCAAAUUGUGGAUCUAAAUUAAAAUCUCUUUCACUGGUGAAAUGCAUGGGAAUCAAGGACAUAGCUGUGGGAACACCUAUGCUCUCUCCUUGCCACUCUCUUCGGUCCUUGUCCAUCCGAAACUGCCCAGGGUUUGGCAGCGCUAGCUUGGCAAUGGUGGGAAAGUUAUGCCCUCAAUUGCAUCAUGUUGAUCUGAGCGGACUUGAUGGAAUGACAGAUGCUGGGCUUCUCCCACUUCUUGAAAGCUGUGAGGCAGGACUUGCCAAGGUGAACCUUAGUGGCUGCUUGAAUUUGACAGAUGAGGUGGUUUUAGCCAUGGCUAGGCUGCAUGGUGAAACCCUCGAACUGCUGAAUCUUGAUGGGUGCAGGAAGAUUACUGAUGCAAGCUUGGUGGCGAUUGCAGAUAAUUGUCUAUUACUUAAUGAUCUCGACUUAUCAAAGUGUGCAAUUACUGAUUCUGGCAUUGCUGCUCUGUCCUGUGGAGAGAAGCUCAAUUUGCAAAUCCUUUCAGUGUCAGGUUGUUCUAAGGUAUCAAACAAGAGCAUGCCUUCUUUAUGCAAAUUGGGCAAGACUCUGCUGGGCCUGAAUCUCCAACACUGCAAUAAAAUCAGCAGCAGCUCAGUCGAGCUGCUUAUGGAGAGCUUGUGGAGGUGUGAUAUCCUCUUCUAAGCAACAAAAAAUUGGCAAAUAUGAAGGUGUUCAACCAGAUCAGGAAUUUCAAGAACUUGCAGUUUGGAAAGAUAGUUGAAGCAUGAUGCUCGUACAGUCAGCUCACACGUAGCAAUGUAGUUUUUUGGCUCUCCGCUGUGGGCCUGCUGGUAGCUCAGUGGUUUGGUUGUUUUCCAGGGGACUUUGGCAGUUCACUUUUCCACCCUCUUUUUGCAGGUUUUCUAUCAUUGGAAAGCUUGUUACAACUGUUUGGCCUCCCAUUAACGGGAGGCCACCUCUUUCAUGGCCAUGGUUCCCUGAGAAUACAGUCACCAAGUCCUGGUUUUAGGUUACCACUAGUGUUUGGUCCUGGUUUUGUAUUGCUGGGUGUGCUAUACCUGGUGUUUUAGCUUUGUCACACAUUCCUUUGAUGGUGUGGCUGGACUAAGCUUUCUCUAUUUUCAGUCCUACAAUCUGUUUUCUGGGUCAGUCCAUAUUAGUUGCAAGUGUCUUUACGAGCCUUGUGUUUGCAACUCUUUCCAAGAGUUGAGAGUCCUUGUUUUUCCUUUUAUUUAAGUUCCUAGUUUAUGGUUGCUUUGGACAGUUCCUGGUGGGGGGGCUUGUUUUUACGGGCUUUGGCUGUGGCUACGUCAUUCAGCUUGCCACCACAACCCUGAUGGUUGUUUUUUUGUAACCAAGUCCUUAUCUGCGUAUGAAUUGUACUCUGCAACAACUUUGUUAUUAAGUAAAGGAUUGGGAUUUUGCCAUUUUUUAGUUCA